AUGAAUAAUACAUUGUAAUCAUAUGAAAAUACCUGUCAUUAAUAUGAAUAAGAUCAGAUGCAGUUUAAGAAAAGAAAGGACAUGAACCUUAAAGAUGAGUAUUCCAUAAAAGAAAAGUAAAAAGGAGUCCUUGAUUUCGAUGAAACAAGCUAAAAAGAAAAUUAAACGUAUAAAGCAUUCAGAUUUUGAUAGAUAAAUGUCAUUGAUUAAGAAAAACUAUACAAAGUAUAUUGUAAAGAUGCAGAAUUUGAAUUUAAUAAAUAGUUAUGAUCAUAAUGUAAGAGUAGUAGAUCUCUCGAAUUCUAAAAUGACUGCUUUACAUGAAGGUAUCAGACAAUAUGCUCGUUUAUCGAUUAUUAAUUUGGCUAAUAAUCUCUUUUAAGAAGUACCCAGUUGUUUAUUUGAACUAUCUCUUUCGCAUAUUAAUCUAAAUAAUAAUUUGUUAAAGACUCUUAGACUUGGAGAUAAAUGGAAAUCAUCAUUAGAAAGAUUAGAUGUUGGCAAAAAUCAUAUUCGUAUAUUACCAGACGAAUUAUUUUAAUUGGAAUUGAUUAAAAUUGUUGAUUUGAGAAGCAAUGAUUUUACUAAAAUACCUAAUUCUAUAUUGAAUUUAGAAAAACAAUUAAAAGGAUUUGGUUUAGAUUGGAUUAAAUAUACUAAUCAUAAUUAUUUUGCUUCAAGUAAAAAAUUAAUUAUUCUUAAUCUUAGAAAAAGACAUGUUGAUUUCUGAUGAUCUCUUAAGAUUUUGGGAUUAAAUGCAUUAGCUCUUUAAAGAUAAUGAAUUCAUACUUUGUCAUGAUUACUUAGUAUUCAAUCAAAAAUACUACGAUGAUUAAAUUCAAGAUUCAAUUACUGUAUAAAUUCCAAAAUAGUCUAAUAUUACUAGAGCAACUCAAAGAAAUACUGAAUUAACUCUUUAANCCUUGCUCAUACCCAGGUGUUCCUUUCUAAAAUAGAAUUAUCAGUUUAAAUUUGUAGCCUCUAUGGUAUCCAAAUCUAAUAUUGUCAAUCUUUCUAUAACCACUAUUGGUUAAGACUUUCAACAAUUCACAUCCUAUUCCUCCAACACCUAUUAUUAGAAUAUUGCUAUUAGUUAUCUUUUCAUAUGUUUCAGGGGUGUAGAAUAAUUUUAAUGUUUAAUUCAUUAAAGAUUUUAAUUAAAUAAUAAUAUCCUUUUUAAUUUGUAAUAAGGAGAAUAUAUUUAACUAAUUUAGUCUAGUCCUUUGUUUGAUAUAAUUUUUUAAUAAAAAUUUUGUAUUUCCUAUUAUAUAAUCAUAUAAUCAAUAAUUAAAAAUAUUUCAAUCAGUUAUGAAUAAUACAUUGUAAUCAUAUGAAAAUACCUGUCAUUAAUAUGAAUAAGAUCAGAUGCAGUUUAAGAAAAGAAAGGACAUGAACCUUAAAGAUGAGUAUUCCAUAAAAGAAAAGUAAAAAGGAGUCCUUGAUUUCGAUGAAACAAGCUAAAAAGAAAAUUAAACGUAUAAAGCAUUCAGAUUUUGAUAGAUAAAUGUCAUUGAUUAAGAAAAACUAUACAAAGUAUAUUGUAAAGAUGCAGAAUUUGAAUUUAAUAAAUAGUUAUGAUCAUAAUGUAAGAGUAGUAGAUCUCUCGAAUUCUAAAAUGACUGCUUUACAUGAAGGUAUCAGACAAUAUGCUCGUUUAUCGAUUAUUAAUUUGGCUAAUAAUCUCUUUUAAGAAGUACCCAGUUGUUUAUUUGAACUAUCUCUUUCGCAUAUUAAUCUAAAUAAUAAUUUGUUAAAGACUCUUAGACUUGGAGAUAAAUGGAAAUCAUCAUUAGAAAGAUUAGAUGUUGGCAAAAAUCAUAUUCGUAUAUUACCAGACGAAUUAUUUUAAUUGGAAUUGAUUAAAAUUGUUGAUUUGAGAAGCAAUGAUUUUACUAAAAUACCUAAUUCUAUAUUGAAUUUAGAAAAACAAUUAAAAGGAUUUGGUUUAGAUUGGAUUAAAUAUACUAAUCAUAAUUAUUUUGCUUCAAGUAAAAAAUUAAUUAUUCUUAAUCUUAGAAAAAGACAUGUUGAUUUCUGAUGAUCUCUUAAGAUUUUGGGAUUAAAUGCAUUAGCUCUUUAAAGAUAAUGAAUUCAUACUUUGUCAUGAUUACUUAGUAUUCAAUCAAAAAUACUACGAUGAUUAAAUUCAAGAUUCAAUUACUGUAUAAAUUCCAAAAUAGUCUAAUAUUACUAGAGCAACUCAAAGAAAUACUGAAUUAACUCUUUAAGAAUCGACUAGCAGUUCUUAAAUGAUAUAAACUAAAACUAUUGGAUUAGAUAUCGAAAUCUCUGAUAAUGGAUCAAAUCUAAUGCAUAUUGCAGUUGAAAAUGAAGACAUAGGAAUUGUUAGAGCUCUUUUAAAUAUCAGAUUUGAAUUAUCUGCAUAAUUAGAUGAUGCUUCUCAUACUCCUCUUUCAUUAGCAAUCAAAGAAGAAAAGUAUCACUGUGCCAAAAUUUUAAUUAAUGCUUCUACAAAUCUUAAUAUAGGAGGGUAUUUCAUUAUAUCUAUUUAUAGAGGAGAAUUCAAUAGUGUACUCAAUUAGGCUGUUAAUAAAAUGCAAUAUUACUUAAUUAGAGAUAUAUUAAGCUCUAAAGUCUAAAUUAACAAACAAGAUAAAAAAGGAAAUGGCCCUUUACAUAAUCUUAUCCCAUCUUUUAAAAAAAAUUUAUAAGAAGCCACAAGAAUAGGACAUUUACUUAUUGAAAAAGGUGCAGAUCCUAAUUUAAGGAAUAUCAAUAAUAAUACCCCUUUGCAUUUAGCAAUUAAGAAAUCCUCUUAUUCUGCAUUACGUUUUGCUAUAUCAAUAAAUGAAUAAUUUUAACGUGAUGUUUUUUCUUUCAAAUUAUUGGGCCACAAAUGUAAUUCAGGUACCAGUAUUUAUGUAAUUAGUUAUGCAUUUUGCUGCUAAGAGUGAAAACAUUAAAAUUAUUUUAUAACUUUUCUCUCUCAAUCCUUAUUUGUUAUUUACUUAUAAUGAGGAACAAAAAAGACCUUUUGAUAUCAUCCAAAAAAAUUUCACUUUAAGCAAACUUAUUUCAGUUUUAGAACUUAUCUUUAUUAGAAAUCAUAUUCUUAAACAAUAUUUAAAAUCAAAUAGUUUAUCAAUUGAAUAACCUAUCAAAGAAGAACAAAAAUAAUAAAUUAAACAAAAAGAAUAAAAUAUUGAAUUUGGCAAGAAAAACAGUUUCGAUUUGGUUGAAUCAGAUGAGGAAGGUACAAAUAGGAUAGGAUUAAACAACUUUUAAAUAUUACCUAAUUUAAAAAGACAAUAAUCAUAACCUCCAAAAAGACCAAGUAUAAAGAAGGAGAACAAGAUCUCUUGUGAAAAUGUUGGACCUAUCUUUAUUCAUAAAUCUAUAUAAUAGGAUAGAAAUGAUAUUAAAUAAAUUGAAUUGCAAAAUCAAUAAAACAACAGCAAAUUCAAUAAAAAUAAAUUUAUAAAUAAGUAGAUUCAUAAACUAUUGAAAGAUUUAGAAAAUAUUUAAACUUUAAUGUAGGUUUAGCAAGAUUUUUACUCAUAAAUUGCUUUAGAAAAAUUAUUUAAUACAUUAAUUCAAUAAUUAAAUUAUUACAAGGAGGAUCCUCUAACAAAUUUAAUGAUUUAAAAUGCAACUUAAUUAUAGAAAAUAGAAUUUGAAUCUAGAAAAACAACAAGCCUUUCUUAUGAUAAUUCUCCAUUAUUCUUAGAUUAUGAAUAAUUUAUGAAGCUAUGA